CAGUAUACUACUUCCGGUCGUGUUGGGAUUUGCAAUGAAAACAGAGAAAAGGAGGUGAUCAUGAUGACCCUAUACUGCUAAAAGGGAGAAAUUGGCAAGGAAAGGAAACUUUGCAAUCCAUCAAGAUGAGGAGGAGGAAGGAUGGAUCCAUGUUUAGUGUUGUCAAAUACAUUUUCUUCUUCUUCAAUGUCCUCAUAUGGCUACUUGGCUGUGGUGUGUUGGCCAUGGGCAUUUGGAUGCAGGUCAACAAAGGCCCCUAUGUAGCGAUCCUGCCCAGUCAUAGCUUCCUGAGUGCCACUGCCCUCUGUAUCACAGUAGGAGCUAUCAUCCUCAUCGUUGGCUUUUGUGGCUGUUGUGGUGCUUUGGUGGAAAGCCAGUGUAUGCUUGUAGCAUAUUUUGUCUUUGUGUUCGUAAUAUUUGGACUGGAGGUGGCCAUAACUGUUCUGGGGUUCUCCAACAAAGAUCAGAUUCGUUCGACAGCUGAGCAGGAGUUGACAUACAGUAUAGAGCAUGUAACUAGUCCCAGGAUAGAAAAAACUCACCAGGAGGGUGUCCUAGCUAUGAUCGACACCAUACAGCAUGAUCUCCAGUGCUGUGGGAUGAACAACUACACGGACUGGUACACAAUUGGUAACCUGUCAAAGGGUGACUCCAUCCCAUCUUCCUGCUGUAUAUACAAGGAAGAAAACUGUGGCAAGUCUACCAGUCUUCGAUACUACAAACGAGGAUGUUUGAAGGAGAUUGAGUACUGGUUUCUACAGAAUAUGUACGUACUAGGUAUCGUGGCACUUCUAGUCGGCGUAGUACAGAUAUCUGCAAUGGUAGCGGCUGUAGCCUUGUUCUGUUGUCUCAGAAAGGAUGACUAUCUCUAGGAAUGGAUAACCAUCUCAGAAGGAAACCAAUUAUUACCUAGAGGAUGAAUUCUUCAGCAAGGAAAGCGGAUCUCUAAUGGACAGACAUUUGGAGAAAAAUUACUGUCUACAGAGAUAGUAUUUGUUAGAGAGGACGAUAUAAUCUUGUUUAUCUCUAGGGAGGACAGACCCCCCUAACAGCAUUUAAUGUUUUAAGUUGAUGGAGAUACUUCAUAGGAUCAGAUUGUCCACACAGACCAAGGGUUGAUCCAGCAGUAUUAGAAUCCGCCUGAAUACAGCUGACUGCGUAGACUAGCGAUGGUGUUGUCUGCCUGGUCUAGACGGUCACUAGAGUUACGAGUGGUGGCCAGUGUUGGUCGUCACCAAUAUCACAGGUAUAUCAAACAUAACUGCCAUUAACUUUGAGCCUGUAUUGUCUCCUCGCUGUGGACAUGGUAUUGGACUUUUGUCUGUUUUCAUUGUUUUGCCAGUAUUUAUGAGAUAUACGCUAAUUUCUAAUAGUUGUGUACUUAGUGAGCUCAAGUUCUCUCACAAACUUAUUGUUUUAUUGCCAGCAGGCAGGGUUAACUAUUAACCACUUCACUGCCAGUGAGCUGGAGAAACCACAAACUUUUUAUUGCCGUUGAGCUGGGUUAACUUUAAACCACUUUACUACCAGUGAGUUAUAAUUAUCUGCAAACUUUUACAAAUGUUGUUUUGAAAAUCAAAAUUUUUGAUAUGUUUGUUUUAUUCUACAUGCCACUGUUUAUGAUAGUUUGUUUACAUCAUUUCUGUUAUUAGAAUUGAUUUUUUUUGUUUCAAAUUUUGAUAAUUUGUAAUAUGAAAAUGUUGUUCAGGAAACUGAAGAUGGUGGACAUUAUAUAUGGGCUGCUAUCUACCACUCAUAUGGUUAGAAAUAGUCUUUUUACAAUAAUUUUAGAAAUGUAUGAAAAGAUCUGAAAAAUUAAUGUAUUUCAAAACUGAAUAUGAAGUAUGUUGCAAUUCUUAUCCACAACUUUAGAAUGACAAUUUAACCAAACUAAACAGGUGUGUUAUAACUGAUACACAUGAUGGAAAGUUGAGAUGUUUGUGUUGACUUCAGAUAUAUCCUAUAAGCUUUUAGAAUCUCUCUAGCUUUCUUAACCUUACAAGAUAUAGCAUUGGAAAGUUGUAUAUCAGUUUAUUUAUUAUUAUUUUUUUUAAAUUGCAACGUAUGUGCAGAUUUAUCCCGAGUGAUGGUGAUCAUGAGAGGAAAGUCAUUUAUUUCCAGUUCAGCACCGAUAUGAGUCAAUCUGCAGCCAUUUUAAACCUAUUGUGAAUUUUAAACAAUUUUCAGUCAAAUGUCAAAACAGUACUGCUGACAAAUUUUAUAACAAGUUGUGAUUAUAAAUGUGUCCACUUUAAAGUUCAGAGACUAGGUCAGCUAUACCAGCUUGGUCUGGUGGAAAUUGUUCUUUCUAGGUAUAUUUAUGAUCACUAGAGAGUGCAGGUCACACGUCUGUCUUGGCAGGUCACAUGUCUGUCUUGACAGGUCACAUGUCUGUCUUGGCAGGUCACACGUCUGUCUUGGCAGGUCACACGUCUGUCUUGACAGGUCACACGUCUGUCUUGGCAGGUCACAUGUCUGUCUUGGCAGGUCACAUGUCUGUCUUG